AGGUGGCUGGGGCCACUGGGGAAGAAGAGGAAUGAGGAGGAUGCAGGGUUUGGGUUGAUGGGCAUGGAGAGUGAGGGUAUCUAGGUCAUUUGACUACAUCCGGUUAAAACUAACGAGAAAAUGUUAACGUCAGGGGUUUUUGUGUCACUACCUAUACCACCGGGGGUUUACUAUAUUUGACCAAACCUCGGGGUUUCAUAUAACUGAGAAGAAGGGAAAUUUCAAUUAAUUUACCAACUUAUGUUCACUAAUAAUCAAAGGCAAGAAGAGCGAACGGGACAGUAUGGGACUCCGAGGCUGCAAUAUCUUCAGGAAUUGGUGAGCCAGUUCCAGAACGCAACGGAUGAAGCAACGAAAGAGAAGAUUGUUGCAAAUUUAGCCAACUUUGCGUAUGAUCCAUACAACUAUUCAUUCUUACGCCAGCUUAAUAUUUUGGAACUCUUCCUGGACUGCAUAACAGAACCAAAUGAGAAGCUUGUAGAAUUUGGGAUUGGUGGCAUUUGCAAUGCUUGUGUUGAUCCAGCAAACUCUGCUGUUAUCAUCCAGUGUGGUGGUAUCCCUCUUGUUAUUCAAUGUCUAUCAAGUCCAGUUAGAAACACUGUGAACCAUGCUCUUGGGGCUCUUUAUUAUCUAUGUGACAUGUCUAACAAGGAAGAAAUUUUGAAGCCAGAAGUGGUUGAUGUCAUUAGGAGGUAUGCUGCAGCUGAAACUGUUAGUGUGAGCUUCAGUAAUCUAGCCAAGGCAUUUUUAGAUAAACACGUUGUGGAAAGCAAGUGAGAAAAAAACCCCUUUCUGGUAAUGAACCAUUUAUUUUCGGCUUUCUUAUAUAAAAAUUGGUAUCUUUUGCUGCAUCCAGAAUUUCAAGACAGGACAUUUUGGUUUUACUUCUUACCAGCAGUGAAAUUGUGUAAUGUUUGAGUUGUACAAAGAAUCUAAUAGGGUUGGCAACUACAAUGAAGCACCUUUUCAAGUUGAAAUUUAAUUUUCGAAAUGUUAUUGCAGAUUAGGUGGGAAUAUUGGCAUGACAAGUAAUUAGAAUACAACUCCAGAGAAUUUACAGGGUCAAUAAAUUUACUUCUUUAUGGGCCUCAACAACUAGUAAGCUUUUGUAAGAGAAUUAUGGCCAAU